AAAAUAUAUUCUUAUAUGGGACAUAUACUGUCCUUUAUACUGGAUACACCGCAGAAAUAUAGUCGCGUUAUAUUUUUCGAAGAUGAAAUAAUGAAACUAUCAUCCAUGGUAUAUACCGGUGAAAAUGUGUUGGUGAUUGAAGAUAAAACUCAAAUCGGUUGCAUAGUGUUAUUGAACCGGGAGGACCUUAUUCGACUACAAUAUCUGGAGCGGAGCAUUAUAGAAAGUAUUAUACGAAAAGAAGUAUACACCGUACCAUUAAUUCAUUACCAGUCCGAGGAGUUUGUGACAUAUCUACGCGAAAAAUGUACACAGAUGGAGUCGCCAGCUAAAAAUUUGGAUGAGAUGACGACAUUCAUUAAAAACGUACAAGACGAUCGAGAUAUAAAAUCUUUUCCAAACCUAUCAGCUCAAAUACAAAUGUGCUCAACUAAACAACUAGCAGAAUCUGUGCUAAAUAAGGUAGUUCAUAAAUUUCAGAAUGUUGAGAUGAAUUCACCGACGUCGCCAAGCUAUUCACCGGUCACCAACAUAUUCAGCAUACACGACGAUCCACUUCCAUUAGAUCAUAUUGACGACCCACAGACACCGGAUCAUAUUGACAACCCACAGAUACCAGACGAGAUUUCCAAUCAACAAUCGGUCGACGUAAACGACGGACCAGAUUUUUUCAAUCUAUUUUAUUCACCAUCAACUUACACACAACACCCCGCACCAUCACAAAUUCGAUCUAGCUCACUUUCACCAUCGUCUCAAGCAACUCACAUUGAACAUGCAGCGCCAUUUCGCAAACGGUCUCAUCCAACAUUCGCCGAACAUCCGACAUCAGUACGCAAUGUUAAGCCGCGUCUAUUUUAA